CGAGAUCUUCACUGAGGCGCUAUGAUUGGUUGAAAGACGCAGCCUGAGAGUUACGCCCACUGUUUUCUCCGAUCCCUGAUUGGUCUUCUCGAGAAGAAGGACUCUAACGUCAACGAGUUCCCCCGGCGCCCAUUGGUGGAUAAGGCGGGGUUGCCGGCGCGCGGGCGCCGGCGCGGGCGUUCGAACCCGCGCUUGGUAGCGUUACCAUGGGGAUGCGGCCUGGCCGGCGCCUCCAAAACUGAAUUUAUAGAAACUCAUUCACAAAAAUGACAUCCUGGUUGUAUGAAUGUCUUUGUGAAGCUGAACUUGCACAGUAUUAUCCUCAUUUUACUGCCCUUGGCCUUCAAAAAAUAGAUGAAUUAGCCAAGGUUACAAUGAAGGACUACUCCAAAUUGGGAGUCCAUGACAUGAACGACCGCAAACGUCUCUUCCAACUUAUCAAAAUCAUUAAAAUUAUGCAGGAAGAAGAUAAAGCAGUCAGUAGCCCAGAGCAUCCUCUCCAGACAAACAGCCGGUGCAGUCAGGCUCGGGAGUCCAGAACUGGCCCUCGCAGGCAACUGCAUUUUGAUUCUCCUGCUGACAGCAAAGACAGAACUACCAACAACAAUGGGUUCGAAAUGUGCUGUUUAUCAGAUUUUUCUGCAAAUGAACAGAAGUCUGGUUACCUAAAAGUGCUGGAGCACAUGCUGCCAGAUGAUUCCCAAUCCCAUACAAAAACAGGAAUUCCGAGUGCUGCAGCUGCUGCUUCCUGUGUGCAAACAGAAACUAACACCUCACUCUUUUCAUCAAAUCACUUUUCUCCACUACUGGGGGAUUAUGAUAUUCCCAUUAUUCAAAGAGUCUCUCAUGUUUCAGGGUAUAACUAUGGAAUCCCUCAUUCUUGUAUCAGACAGAACACCUCAGAGAAAGAGAAUCUUUGGACAGAAAUGGAGAAAAUCAGAGUUUGUGUUCGAAAACGCCCUCUGGGCAUGAGGGAGGUACGUCGUGGAGAAAUUAAUAUUAUUACCGUAGAAGACAAAGAAACUCUACUUGUUCAUGAGAAGAAAGAAGCAGUUGACCUUACACAAUAUAUUCUGCAGCAUGUUUUUUAUUUUGAUGAAGUCUUUGGUGAAGCAUGCACCAAUCGGGAUGUGUACAUGAAGACUACUCACCCACUCAUUCAGCAUAUUUUCAAUGGAGGCAAUGCCACUUGCUUCGCAUAUGGACAGACAGGUGCUGGGAAGACCCACACCAUGAUAGGAACUCAUCAGAACCCAGGACUCUAUGCUCUGGCUGCCAGAGAUAUCUUCAGACAACUAGAAGUGUCCCAGCCAAGAAGGCACCUCUUCGUGUGGAUCAGCUUCUAUGAAAUCUACUGUGGACAACUUUAUGACCUCUUAAAUAGAAGAAAAAGGCUCUUUGCAAGAGAAGAUAGCAAGCACGUGGUACAGAUAGUGGGACUGCAAGAGCUUCAGGUGGAUAGUGUGGAGCUCCUCUUAGAGGAUUGUCCUUCCAGGACCUUUCUCCUUCAGGUGUACUGUGUUACCUGGUCAUCACGAUGCAGGCACCAAGACUUCCCCGCCUCUACAGAGGAGGCACUGACUCAUCACAUUUCUCAGGUGAUUCUGAAGGGCAGCAAGGAGCGCAGCACCGGGGCCACUGGAGUUAACGCAGACUCCUCCCGCUCCCAUGCUAUCAUCCAAAUUCAGAUCAAAGAUUCAGCCAAGAGGACAUUUGGCAGGAUCUCUUUUAUUGACUUGGCUGGCAGCGAAAGAGCAGCAGAUGCCAGAGACUCAGACAGACAGACAAAGAUGGAAGGUGCAGAAAUAAACCAGAGUCUUCUGGCUCUGAAGGAAUGUAUCCGCGCAUUGGAUCAGGAACACACCCACACUCCCUUCAGGCAAAGCAAAUUAACUCAGGUCCUGCGGGACUCUUUCAUCGGUGAUGCCAAAACCUGCAUGAUUGCCAACAUCUCACCAAGCCAUGUGGCCACCGAACACACACUGAAUACCUUGCGUUACGCUGACCGGGUCAAGGAACUAAAGAAAGGCGUUAAAUGUUGUGCUUCAGCUACCAGUCGAAAUCGGACCUCUGGAAACUCUUCUCCAAAACGAAUUCAGAGCUCCCCCGUGGCCCUGCCAGGGGACAAGUGUUCUCCCAAAAAGGUCAAGCUGGGGCUUCAGCAGUCAUUCACAGCAGCUCCUGGCUCCACGAGAGAGAAGGCCCAUCCCCUGGCCAGCCACACACCCAACAUCCCUUUUGCGCCUGUACCUAAAGUUCCCAGUAAAAGGGGUGGAUCCAGAGGGAGUCUUCCCCAAGAGUGGGUCGUUCACACCAGCCCUGUCAAAGGAGCCACACGGUCUGGACAUUUAGCCAAAAAAGGGGCAGAAGAAUCUGCGUCAUUGUGCUCUGAGAAAACUCAAAUGGGCAACAAAACUGCCCGCAGGUGGGGAAGCAAGGCUGCCGGCCCAGGAGAAGCCCCGGCGCGUGGCAAGCUGCCCUCCAAGUGCAAGACUGUGCAGCCCGUGCGGCCCGUGCAGAAGCAGCUUGUGUCACGGGCUGAGCUCUCCUCCGGUGGCCUCCACCAUUUAGCAGAAUACGGUCAGGGCAGCAAGGGGAGCACACCUGCCAGGUGGGCCUCGGAAACGUGGACAGACAUCCCUCCACAUCAGAAGGAGAGGGAGGAACACUUGCGCUUCUAUCACCAGCAGUUCCAGCAGCCACCUCUCCUCCAGCAGAAGUUCAAGUACCAACCACUGGAAAGGUUUUUAUGCCAGUACAGGCCCCUGGAGGGGCAGCUCCAGAAUGAGACCCCUUCCCCCUUCUGCUCUUAUUCUGAGAGCCAGGAUGGAGCCCAAGCUGAGGACCUUGAUGACAGCGAUUUCAGCGAAGAUUCUUUUUCACAUGUCUCCAGUCAGAGGACCACAAAUCAGAGAAACACCCUAGAGAACAGCGAAGGCUCAUUCUUCCUUCAUCAGAGGGAGCAAGGCCCUGAGGAGCAAGUGGCCAAAAGGCACCAGAGUCUGCUUUUUAACCCCGGGACAGAUGGUGACGAGAAGGGUCUAACUGGAGACUGGAUAUACUCCAGGGACCCCACACACCACAAAAGAGCAGCACUCAGUCACGGCCACAGCCCGAGUAAGGUGCCUUUGGACUGGAGCAGAGAGGAGGAUUCUGCCUCCUCAGGGCUUUGUCCCGGGGACAACCUGGCAGAGAAGCCUUACUGCUCACAGGUAGACUUUGUACCUGGCCAGAAAAGAGGUGGUGGCCCAUCCUUUGAACUGAGACAGGACGCUCUCACAAGUGAGGUUCCUGGGCAGGCCGAGGGUAGUUCACUGCCCCUGGAGGAAGAUGGUUUUAGUUUCUCACUGCCCCACAGUGCAGUUCCAGGAUCUCCAGACCAAAGAGAGAGAGUCAGCACACCUCUGGGAGGAGUCGGCCAAGACAGCCCAACUCUGGUGACCAGAACAAUGAAAACCAGUUACCCUGACCCAGAAGACUGUAGAGGGGAAUCAGGCACGUGCUCUGAAUAUGCUUCUGGACUGAUGGCUCCCCUCACCAUGUCCCUCCUGGAGAACACAGACGAUGAAGGUCCUCUUCCCUUGGAGCGGCUGGCCCAGGAUGGGCUUGCUCACAGUCUAGUGGCAGCAAGGGGCCCACCUGUGGGCCACACAGUAUCAUCUGGUGAUCAAAAGGCACUCCUGCCACUGUCUUCAGCAGCUGGGCACCUGUGGCUCUCAUCAUCUCCCCCUGACAAUAAGCCUAGUGGUGAUCUUCCAGCCCUGUCGCCAUCACCCAUCCGUCAGCACCCACCUGACAAGCUGCCCAUCAAUGAGGCUGACCCAGGGGAGGCCCGCCAGAGCGGAGAGACUGCGCUGUCCUCCGAGGAACACGGGAGUAGCCAGCAGUAUGAUGCCGAUGCUGAGGAGGCAGAGCGGAGCAGCGCCCAGGGUUUCCCAGGAAAGCCCUUCCCCGCCAUACACACUGGAGGAGCCCACCCUGCACCUCUGCUCACCCCAGGAACAGAAAGUAGUGAUACGGCUGACCAGCCCUGGGCCCAGGAAAGAAAACAUCCAACAGGACUUGGCUGGCAGGAGCUAAGUUUGCCGGGAGACCCCAUCAAGUUGCACAACAGAAACAUCGUGUGGCUCAAAUACAGGCCGAUCCCAAGGUGCUCAGCAAGGCCAGGCUCUCCCCUGGUCCCUGGCUGCUCUCCAAAGACUGCAGAGAACCUCCAUCAGCUCACCCUGGGGCCUGCACAGCAGGUGGUCAUCCGAGCACACCAGGAACAACUGGAUAAAAUGGCAGAACUGGGCUUCAAGGAGGAGACCCUGAUGAGCCAGCUGGCUCUUAACGAGUUUGAAGAUGUUGUGACCCAGCUGGAUGAAAUCCUGGCUCUGAAAUCCAAGUGCAUCCAGAGUCUGAGGAGCCAGCUUCAGCUGUACCUGGCCUGCCACACACCGACCACAGCCCCUGAGAGGACAGUGAUGUCUUAGAACAAGAUCCCGUAUGAGGGGGCACCUGGGUGGCACAGUGGUUGGGCGUCUGCCUUCGGCUCAGGACGUGAUCCCGGUGUUGUGGGGUCGAGCCCCACAUCAGGCUCCUCAGCUAUGAGCCUGCUUCUUCCUCUCCCACUCCCCCUGCUUGUGUUCCCU